AUUAUUUCAUGUUCAGGAAGGGGCAGAAAGUUAGGAUUCCGAUUUUAAGGAGUGUAACAGCGAUUGAGAUGGACAGGGAGAAUCCAAUAUGCCCUGUUCUGCUUUGCAAUGAAGGCAUAAAAUACCUUGGAGAUAACUUACAAAAAUAUGAAAACUGGAAUGCAUAGGCAUCCCCAAAAGGAUGUUGAGUAACUGGGAUGUCUGGUCACCUUAUAGCAGUACCUUUUUUGAUAGAUAUACUCCAUGACCUCUGACCUUGGUGAAAACAAAGAAUUGUACGUGGAUCUAAACAAACAACACUCCAUAAAUUGUUGAUCCAAGCCUGAACUCGGAUGCAGAAACCUUUUUUACCAAAACGACAGAAAACAGUUUUGUGAAACCCUCUACUGCUCAGUAUUUUGUUGAAAAAGUAGUAAAGCAUGAAAUAGGCUUGGUUGCAGUGUAUGUGGAACAAGACUGCCUGCCUGUUGUGACUAAGAUCUUUGUGUGAUACUCAGGAUACAAGAUUUAAUAUAACUCAGGAGUAUGAAAUAACUGAAAAUUCUGUUCUAUAGAACUCAUUUACUCUGAACAGCAUAACAUCAGUGACAAACGUUACAAGAGUCAGCAGAAUGGACAAUAACCAUCCUCACUCUGAACAGGCAUACGAAGCACCGUACAUGUCUGGUUCUCAGUCAGGAGAAGACAAGCCAAGUCUGCCAGAGCUGAAAGCUAUGCUACAGAGACAGUUGGAGUACUACUUCUCAAGAGAGAAUCUGUCCCAUGAUACAUUUCUUCUUUCUCAAAUGGAUAGUGAUCAAUAUGUCCCAAUCAUAACAGUUGCCAACUUCAACCAAGUGAGGCAUCUCACGAGAGACUUGAAACUCAUUGUGGAAGUACUGAGAAAAUCACCAAAUGUGGAAGUUGAUGAAGCUGGAGUAAAGGUUCGACCAAAUCAUAAUUGCUGUGUCUUAAUUCUUCGUGAAAUCCCAGAAACAACAGCAGUAAAGGAUAUUGAGGCUUUGUUCAGUGGAGAUGAUUGUCCAAAAUCUGCAAAGUGUGAGUUUGCUCACAAUGACAGUUGGUAUGUGACAUUUGAAUCAGAUGGGGAUGUACAGAAAGCGUAUCGCUAUCUUCGGGAGGAAGUUCGUACAUUUCAGGGAAAGCCAAUAAUGGCACGUAUUAAAGUCAAACCAGCCACACAGGCACCUUUCAUCCCACACUACAAGAAUGGCUCAAGGUAUCGAGGGCCUAUGGUGUCUCCUGUCAGUGGGCAGCAAGAGCCUUCUCCUCCUCUCCAGCAGCAGUGGAUGGAACAGUCACAGCAGGGUUUGCCAUACACUAAUGAACCUUCAGUGCCUUAUGGCAAUCAACAGGUUUUUCCUCCGUUUUAUCCACCUACUAUGAUCCAGAAUUGUGCUCCUGCAAAUCCACCAACAUUUGAAUAUGGAACUAUCUUAUUAAUGAAUGGGUUAUCUGCUCAAGCGAUGUUAAAUGGAACUGGACGUCAUGAGCUUCAUGCUUCACCAGGAAGGACUCAAAAGCCUCAAAUUUAUCGAAACCAACACAAGCAUACGUCACUAAGCUUAGAACAAAAAGAAUCCAUGUCAUUUGCACCAAAUCCUCGUGGUGCUGCACCCAUACUUAACCAAGGAAUGAGUGGCUUUGGUUAUCUACCAUAUCCAUAUUGCAGUCCCUAUAGCAUAGGAAUGGACAUGCAAGAUAUAUUUUCCUAUUCAAAAAGGUACUCCCUUCAACACAAGCAAGGACAGUGGGGCUCAAACCCAUCAUCUUUAAGCUAUGGUGUCAAGUCAGCCUCUAGAUCUUUCAACAGAACCAAAGAAGCCAUUGAUAACAAAGUAGCCAACCAAACUAAGUCAGUGAAUGAGCUCCAAGGAAGAGAUCUGUCAAAACAACAGAGAAACCGUCCCAGGAGAAAGAGAAAAGAUGAAAACAAUACAAAAGCUGACAAUGACAUGAAAGGUUCAGACAAUAGAGAUGUCAAGCUUGAUUCAUCCAAAUUUGAUCUGGAACAGACUUCAUUUCCUCCUUUACCAGGCUUACAAGUUAAGAAAACUGUAGAUGCAUUAGACACUGAUUUGUUUGAAAGCCAGCUGUCGGAUCCAGUCCAAACUACGUCGAAGUCCUCUGAUGGUGAUAAUAGAUCUGAAACUGAGGUAUCCUCUGACCAUAAAACUCAUGGAAUUAGUCAAGCCAAACCAGCUUCCUCCAUCAUAGACAAGGGGCUGUUUAACAGUAGUAAUUUGGCCAAUGGUGCAUGUUCUUGUGUUGAACCAAAACAGCCAUCAUUAGACCCACUCACCACUCAAGUUGAACCACAAAUUAAACUGCAGUCAACAAAUGCUCACAGUAGUAGUACAAACAAGGUUGGCACUGUGACGUCUACAGGUAACAGUGACAUGUCUGUAAUGAGCACUGACCAUACAAUAUCAUCAAACCUUGUGGGAAGCCAUCUUAGUUCGGUUCCAACCACAUGUUCCUCACCACAACCUGAUGAUCUCUCCUGUGUUUCCACAAAGAUCUUGGCCAUUCAGCCAUAUCCUGUUUCAAAACCUUCACAGAAAGAUAAUGAGAGCUUCCUUGUUAAUGGAAACAUUGACUUGAUGGGCACUAUAAAUAUUAGCUCUGAUGAUAAGAGAAGGAAGCUGACCUACUCAGAAGUGGCCCAAAAAGCCAAAGAAUCAGUGGAAAAACUGGCUACAGAAAUUAAAAUAAAAGAGCAACAGGAGAUAGCAUCAAAGCUGCAACGUCAUACGGAUGUUACAUCUAAGCACCAGGUUACAGCCCAUAAAACUAGCCCUAAAGAAGUGGCUAAAUGGAAGACCACUGAACAGCCAAGCAACUGUAAAGAUAAUGAUAGCAACACUGGAAAUGGAUCAAGGGGCAUUGAAAAAGACUGCUUACCUCGACUAUCUCCAAGAUUACCUCUUGAUGACAAGAAAGAGGAAAACAUUAUAUCUAGUGGCAAAACUGACUAAGUAAAUUGUGUAAAAAACGACAACUAUUAAAGGAUUUGAGACUGUAUAUCCAUAUGUGGAAACACAAACUGUAUGUAAAAUAUAUCCUUCAACCUUAACUACAAGUUGCUAUGUACUUUCACUACAGUUGGAAAAAAUAAGUGAAUUUUUCACUGAAACUAAAUAAGUGAAUUUUUCACUGAAACUAAAUAAGAGAAUGCACUGUCAAGAUAUUGCUGCAAUGUCUGCCAUCCAGGCAAAUCAUUGUGUUAUUUUUAGAAGACGACUGUAGCUGAGAGUUUGGAAAGCAUGCAAAAACUGUUUGGAGUCUGGUAUUUUUUGGUUUGUGAACAAUGCAACAUGUAUUUAGUACAAGAUUCAUGUUAAACGAGAGAUGUGCUGUAGUUAUAUUUCUUUUUGCUCAUACAUUAAACUACUUGUUUGAAUUAAGUUACCUUUCUUAUAAUCUUGUCAUGUUAUAUUUCUUUAUAAAUAAUUACUUCAUGCUUAAGAGUGAUGCUUUAGCUUCAUAUCCAACUGUUACUGUUUAGUUACUUUUAACUUUGCAGAUAACGGUUUGGUAUUAUUUAAUUACAUUUAUAACCUUUUUGCCUAUGUUUCUGUUAGGUAUUUUAUUUCAGUGUGGAUGAUUAUCUGAUUGCUCAAAUCUUAAUAGCGUUUAGUAUCCAAAUAGCCUUCUCUUUUACUCCAAUAUUGCCUUUUUUCUGUCUGUUUAAAAGUAAAGUUUCCUGUUAUGAAACAAAGUGGAAACAGAAAGAGAUAAAAAAAAGAAAAAAGGCAAUAGUCUGAGACACUUGUAUUACAUCUGGUUUCUAGUGGGCAUUCAGUGAUUAUUGUAUUAUCUAUUACAUACUUCACUUGUGGGACAGAUCAAUUUUGAAUAAAGAACUAUUGAUGAUGAUGUUUUUAUAUUUCAGUUAUUUCUCAUAAUGAAUGGUGAAAUGUGUAUUGUGAUAACCCUAAAAAAUGUAUUCCACAUUCAUUGAAGCUAUAUGUGAUGAUAAAGUACUGUUUAUAUCUUUGUAUCAGAUGUAAUAUCGUUAUCAGUAGUAAUCACUAAUCUUUUUUUUUUCAAGCAUAAAAACUAGAAAUAGGUAAAAUUGUGAAUUUGGCAACUCACAAAUUCCCUACUAUUAUCUCUUAAUGUAUAAUCAUUCAUCAUUUUUCACAUGGAUAAAAACAGGUGUAUCUAAUAUAUGAUUCUCCAAAUUCUUAUGUUUUGCAAUUGGUGUGGUGUGUUAUUUUAUUAGUGGAAUUUUUUUAUCAUAACAUUUCAAUUACCUUUAUUUAGGAAUAUUUUUGUCAUAAUUAUUGCAGUGAUAAGAUACUAGAAAUCAGGAUAUUCAUUGCAUAAAAUCCUUUUGAUCAUUUUAAUAAUCAAAUUGAGUAAGUGUAAUUAAAAUUAACUUCAAAAACAUCUGUUGUUUUUUCUGUCACACAAAUUUUAAUUGGAUUUCUGUUUCAAAUUUUCUAGUUUUCAUAUUAAGAAAUUUUCACUGGAACCUCUAAAAUAUUAGUGGUCUUGAAUUAUUAGUUACUGAUUAAUAAUUAAGACUUCAGUGGGUCACAUUGGCUACUAAAAUAACAUGACAAGUCUUGGAAAUGUUUUGACUAGAAGCUACAUAAUAGACAAAUCCAGGUAGCCUUAACCUACUUUUAGUUUUAUAUAUAUUGUUCUGUGUUUUUGUUGUAUAUGUUAAAGAGAACUUUAAUGUUUUCUAAAUAAAAAAAGGUACAGUGUAAAAAAAAUACAGAAGAGGCUAGAUUCUUUUAUUGGUUUUUUUUUGCAAGGUAUCCCUUGAUUCACAAAUAUAUAUAUAUAUGUAUGUAUGUAUAUUCCUAUUGCAAAGCUGUAUGUACCACUUAACUGAGGUGUAAAUUUAGUUAAGCAGGUUAUAAACUAUUUUACUCUAGUUUGACUUUGUGUGGUUUGAAUGAAGUUUGUGUAUGUUUGAAAGAAAUGUAACUUGAAUUGUUUUGCCUAAAUAGAGUGCAGUAUGAAACUACAUUUUAGAAACUAAUUUAAAAAAUUGAUACUAAGUGAUGACUAAUGGUUUUGCAUUAUAGAAGAUAGCAAAAUUAAGUGUUAGUAUUUAUUGUGUACUGUUGAACAAUGGUACUAGCUUAGAGAAACAAAAAAUGACAGCUCAAUACAAUAAAAUACAAAACAGUGUUCGGCUUGUAAGCAGCCAAGAGAAGAAUUUGAUGGACAGGUUAAAUAAUUUUUUGGCCUGCUUUAUAUUGCCUUUGUAUAUUUUUAUAAAACUAUUUUUAUUGGGCUGAAUGCGGUCUAGUGGUUAUCAUAUCAGACUUGAGCUGUGGUUCAGUGUCCAGUUAUCUCAAAGAAUAAAAAUACCAAUAAAUGCACUCCAAACUUUGAGGCCAUGGGUAUGUUAUGAGAACGAAAGUCAAAUCACUUUCAGCCUGAAAAGAGUAGCCCAACAGUUGGCAGUGGGUGGUAUUGACUAGCUGUCUUUGCUCUAGUCUAUCAUUUCAAAAUUAGAGAUGGCUAAUUUGUAGCUUUUUGUAAAUUACAAUAAAGUAUUUUUGUUUUAGAAUAUGAAUCUGACAAAUAAAUGCAACAAAAAAGGUGCUGUAGUUUAACAUGUUCCUUUUUUUUAAGUUUUAAAUGAAACUUAAAUACAAUUUUUUGCUUGAAUUAAAAGAAACCAAAGACUGAGGUGAAAUAGCAAGUCAAGAUAAGGAUAUUGAACAGAUUGCAGAUUGAGUAUUAAACAGAGAUACUAGUUCAGACAAAAACUUUGGUUUUUUUGUUGUUUUUCACAAUCAGUAAAUGUGUACUUAUUUCUCAACAAUUGUCUUCUUUUAUCAAUUGCUUUAUUUUUUAAUUGAAUUUAUACAAGUAGGAGUGUCUCACCAUUUCAAAAUUUACAAGAACGUUAACCUAGUAAUGAUACAUGACCCUACUUUUGGUACUUUCUUGCUUAUUUAAGUUACUGUAGAUUUUUAAGGAAUGUCUAAAUGCAAAUCAGAAUUUUGUUUGGCCUUAUUGUGUACUGUUUAUGAAAUUGUUCAAUAAAAAUAUUUUGGCAUUUGAAAA